AUGGAGAAACGGAAAGCAAGAAACAAUCCAGAAAUGGAAGGACCAAGGGAAGCUGAAAGCGCCAUCGAAGGACUCGCCUUCAUUUCCAAGGGCUUCAAGAAUUGGAAAGAUGGCACCGAGGGGUUCCGUCGUCACGAAAAGUCGCUGUGUCAUAUCGACGCUGUCCAGGUGAUGCUUGUGCUACCGCAGACUGUCCCGGACGUUGGUGAGGCGCUAAGUCAAGCCCAUGCCAAGGAGAAAGCCCUGAAUCGGCGAAUGUUCGUGAGAAUCCUAGAGAACAUGAAGUUUUGGGGUCGCCAAGGUCUUCCCUUGCGUGGCCACGACGAUGCAGAGUCGAACUUUAUGCAACUGCUGCCACUACAGAAGCUACAUACUCCCGAGUUGCGUGCUUGGCUGGAGCGACGAGUGGAUAAGUACUGCUCCCCCGAAAUCCAGAACGAAAUCCUUCAGCUAAUGUCGCAUAGCAUACUCCGGAAUGUGGCCAAGUCCAUUCAUGCUGCUGAGGUGUUCAGCGUAAUGGCCGAUGAGUGCGCAGACGUAUCUAACAAGGAACAGCUGGCGUUGUGCUUCCGGUGGGUUGACCAGGAGUUGGAAGCUCAUGAAGAUUUCGUUGGUUUGUGCCAGAUUGACAACAUAUCUGCAGAUACGAUCGUUGCGGCUAUCCGGGACUGCAUGCUGCGACUCAACCUCCAAGUCAACCGUUGCCAAGGCCAGUGCUACGACGGUGCCUCAAAUAUGGCUGGCCACAGAUCUGGUGUCACGAAGCAGUUGGGAGAUGAAGAGCCAAGGGCUCUUUUUGUGCACUGCUACGGGCACUCUGUGAACCUGGCAAUGUGCGACACCAUCAAGACGACUGUGCUGACCAGAGAUUCCCUCGAUGUCACCAGCGAGUUGAUCAAAUCUGCCACCUUUUCGAGCAUUAUCGGCCAAGGCCAACAAAGCAUCCUGGAUAACUAUCUGGUCUUGCAAGAACUGUGGGAUGAAGUUCUGGCUGGGAGUGUGGACCCCGACGUGCGUGCUCGUGUAAUCGGAGUGAAGGCUCAAAUGGAGACUUUCAACUUCUUCUUUGGAAUCAGUUUGGCCCGUCUUGUCCUGGCACAUGGUGACAACCUCUCUGUUUCCCUCCAGAGUUCAACAAUGUCUGCUGCCGAAGCCCAGAAAAUAGCACGUUUGACGGUGGACACAAUCACAAAGAUGCGCACAGAGAAUUCAUUCUCGAUGUUCUGGGAGGCUACUGUGGCAAAAAGGCACCAGUUUGAUGUCUCUGAACCACAGUUACCUCGCAAACGCAAACGUCCACAGAGGUAUGAAGGUGGAGAUGAGCCAGCAUACCACCCCAGCUCCCCGGAAGGCCACUAUCGGCAGCUGUAUUAUGAAGUGCUUGACAGUGCCAAGUCCUCCAUCCAGACCCGGUUUAAUCAGAAGGGCUUCGCUAUAUACACGCAGAUGGAGAACCUUCUCUUGAAGAGUGCCAAAGGGGUUGACGCUACAGACGAGUUCAAGGCAGUGACAGAGUUGUACGGCGAGGAUCUCGACUCCAACCUCCUUCUGACCCAGUUGUCCCUCCUGCAGACGCAGCUGACCUCUGAUGACGAUGUCACGUUUAAGUCUGUGCUGAAGUUCUUGCGGGGCUACUCCACAUCUCAGAGGCAGCUUCUGUCUGAAGUUGUGAAGCUGGUGCGCUUGAUUCUGGUAAGCCCAGCUACCAACGCCAUGAGCGUGAGAUCCUUCUCAGCAAUGCGGAGAAUCAAGACCUAUCUCCACUCCACAAUGGGCCAGAGUCGGUUAAAUUCAGUCAUGCUCCUCCACACGCACAAGGACAGGACAGAUGCACUGUCUGUGGUGGAGUUGGGCAAUGCCUUCGUCGAUGUCACCGGCAGUGAUCACCGCCGCUCAAUAUUUGGCACAUUCACGGAUGCUGAUCUUGCAGCUUAG